AUCGCUAUGAAAACCAAUGAAGAAGAAGCGUUCAACAACAUGAUGUGACGUCAAACGUGCUGAAGAAGAAAACAGGAUAACAGACUUCAACGUUGUGGGAAAAACAUUAUAUUUCUAUACUCACGGGAAUUUGUUUUCAACACGGAAACGUCUUGGUAAGGAGACCAUCAUGAGCCGUUUUAGUCAAUCUGUCCAUCACAGGACGCCAUCUUUCACCAGGGGGACACGACAUGGAGCAGUGAAGCAGGACCUGGAACGAGAUUCAGGCUUCUCAGAUGCCAGUUCUGGGUAUCUGAGUGCAGUUGAUGGGACGGACUCUGAAGAUACAGGGAGAAAAAGGUCCACAAUCGGCCACGACGUGGCUGGAGUGCAGCUGGCUGUGAUGGGAGGCUCGUACGCUGGACUGUCUCAGAUGCUGAUUAUGAAUAACUUUGUUCUCAAUCAGCCUUCGCCAGUGACUCCAGCUGAGAAAGAGUGGGGUUUUCCUUCAUCCCUCAAUGUCAUGUCUCAAUCUCCGAUGGUUCUGCUUCAACCCAUGAUGUCAAACAGCAGCACAUCACCAAAAACAGCCUCUGAAAAUGUCAAGCCAUCAAAAAGCUUCACAUCCACCGUCAAGUCAUAUCCCAGAAUCGCCCCAAAUCCUGUGACUGCGCCUUCAAAGCGGUCCUCGAGAAUGAAGAGUGCAUUUUCAGCAUAUGACCAGCGACACAGUAGACGCAAGCAAGGCAACAAGCAGCAUGGCACACCCACCACUCAGUGGGCUGCUCAGGCUCCCAGUAAAACGAGUGUGGCCAAGUUUGAAAACACAAACAACCACUCGGCUUUGUCGGCUGAGAGCUCAGAGCAGCUCAGCGAGAAGUCUCUCUCCUCCGUGCUUGCCUGCGCAAGUUCUUGUAGGACUGAUAUAGACCCCAACUUGUCGUGUUCUGACAAUGACCAAGACGGCCUGUUGGCAGAAAGCAGCAAGUUGACACGAUUCAGCAAUACCUACAACAUCCUUAGCAAUUGCGGCCUACUGGGCAUCACCAUGCGCACCAAGCAGUUAAUCAAGGAGAACAAGCACACGCAGGGUCAGCUGCAACUGCUGCAGGAGCAAACGGCUCUCCUGCUGGAAGCGCUAGAAAGUGGAGAUCCUCAUCUGUGGACUAAACUCCAGCUUUCUCUGCAGGACUAUGACAAGUAACAAUUCACACAGCAUCCAUUCGAGUAGAGACAUGGUUAUACAUUUCCUCUUUUCGCCAUUGCUAACUUACUGUAGGGAUACGGCAUCUACAUAUGUUAAUGUCUCUCCAACCAGUAGCUCACCAAAGUGUCAAAGAAUUUUCUGUAUUUGUAAAACUGUUCAAUUCAGACAUUAUUCCCCUCUUUAAUGACAAAUUACCACAAAAUAGCACAAAGACAAUGACUACGGUUUGAGUGGAAAUGUGCAACAUAAUUAAAGUAAAAUUUAAAUGUUUCCAGUCAUAUAAAUCAGAAAAUCUGUUGUCAAAGUAGCUCUAGUAGUGAUAAAUAAAAACUGAAUUAGAAAAAAAUUAAUACUGAAAAGACGCACAAAAUGUUUUAUUACAAAAUGUCAGUUGCAGAUCUAAACAUUGUGUUAAUUAUCUAGCAAAACAAGCGUAUUGUCUUUGUAUGGUUUGAAAUACAUAUUAAAAAUAAAUGUUAUGUUGCUGAUUUUUAUUUUGUAGAAGUAGCUUUCAGGAUAAGAUAAGUUGGAGACUCCUAGUCAUAGUGAACGGUACAAGCACGGCACAACACGCACAAUAACAGAUGUCACCCAAAAUUAGUCUACCAAGAAUUGUGUGGGAUCUCGUACUUAAAGUAACGCUUGAAAAAGGGACAUUGUUUAUAUAUUUUUAUUGAAUGAAUUUUCUGAAAAUAAUCUUAUCUCAACGCUAGUCACCUUAAAUUAAUGGAAGGCUUACAUUGUAAACUAUAGCAUUUAAAUGGCAAAAUAUUGUAGCAGCCGUACACUGAACACUUGAAAGACAUUAAAUGCAGUCACAAAAACGAUAAUAGAAGAAUUCAAUUAAGCGAUACAAAAAAGAACUAUGCUUAUUUAUCAGUGUCCAUUUCAUAGUAGAAGAUCCAUUCACAUGUUCAAAUACAUAAUCUUUGAUGAUGGUUACGGUGUUUGUGCGGCUUGGAUUGAACAUGUGGCCAAAGUUGAUUUUGAUAUUUUUAACAUUUUUUAAGAGUUUAGCGAUUUUUAACUUCACUUUCUUUUUGUCUUACGCACUACCACCAGAAGAGUCUGUUCACGCUUAGGAGACAUAAUGAAGUGCAAAAAGUCAGCUCAGCAAAGUUGUCCCAUCUAUCUGUAGCUGCAGUUGUGAAACAGGCUAGUGUCUUCUUCCACUGCGCACCGUAACUCGUUUUUAAUUGAAUCUAUUGUUUACGGCCCAAAAUUAAGUUUUUACUUAGGUUAAAAAUUCAGUUCUAACUUAAUUUAUCUGAGAGUGUUAGUAACGACGAAACGUACCGCAAAAUGACCACAUUUAUACAAAUAAUUAGUAGUUUCCUCUUUAACUUUACAUAAGUGAUACCUUUGUCAUAAUGCAACAAAAACUAGGAUAGGCUCAUGUAUAUCUUUGAUGCUUAUGAACGGUAUAAAUAAUUGACCAGGAGGUUCUAAUUGUAGCACAGUUGCUUCAUCUCCUUAUUUUUGUUUUCAGUUCAGUAGUCUUGUUGGAAUUUUUCUUUCAUUUUAUUCAGAUUAAACCCAGGAAGUUCCGAGGGAUUUUUGUAUGAUCUACUACUAAUAACGUGUUGUUAGUCUGUAGACAACCUUGAGUUAAGGUGUGAUGACAAUUUGGAUACGAGACAUUGUUAGCGUUACGCACGCACAUUCCAUGCAACCGCCCUCCAACUCAGCUAAUGUUACCAAAUCCAUCUUUAGUCAAUGUGAGAAUGAGUUACAUGUGUUAUUUCAAGUUCUGUUUAAUUUUAAUUAUCCACCCGAAUCCCAUAAUGGCAGUUGGCAAAACUUACUUGUAUUAUUUAUUUGUUUGCUAUUAUUUACACUUUUUUAACUAGUUUUCUGGAAAAAGUGGGGUUUUUUUUCAAAUUCCCAAAAUGUUUUAAAUUUUGUAGCCUUGUAUUUAUUUUGGAUGUGUUACUUUUUUCUAUUUUGCUUAUUACUGAGAUGACAAUGGCACUAUAAUAGCUGAGAAGUAUUAGUUACAUAUCAGCCUCUUGCACUUUUGUUACCCAAUAUUGCUCUGCUCCUUAGUUUUUUUAAUGUGAACAUGAAUGUUAAAUGUGCCUUUUGAUUAUAUCUGUUAGUGCUUGAGCAGCCUGGAUUGCUGUACUUUAUACAUUUUUGCAGAAAGCUCUCCAAAAAAUCAACAUGUCAUGACAGGAAGCCACACAUGGACAAAUUUAAUGGCAACGUUAAAUUCUUUAUUUCGGCAAUACUACUUUCUUGCAAUACUUAGAGUUGUUGUUCUAGUAAGACGGAGACAAAACCAAAUGUGUCUGAAUUUUGUUGCAAAAAGUCCUCUUGACUAACGGUCAUUAAACUGUUUGAAAAGUCA